AUGUGUGUAUUACAAGCCGAAAAGGCAAGAUUUUCAUUGAUUAAGGAAAACUUUAAUAAUGAUAUUCUUGAACUCAUUGGAGACGAAGAGAACGAAAGGUUAAGCAGCUUACAACCUGAACCGUCUGCUAGUAAUACAUACGCCCAUGAAGAAAAACGACCAACUAGAACUUCCAACCAAAAACGAAAAUUAGAGAACCUUGUUGAACUCGAUCGUGAAAGAAUACUGGCUGAAAGAGCUGAAAAAGUAGGCAUCAAUUUGGAAGCUGUACAAUUAAUGAUAAAUCUUGAAGAUGUUUCUUCAACAAGAAGUGUGAAUUUUUUAACUUAUCAUCAUCAAAGUAUCGAAGAACUUAAACGUCGACGAGCACAAAAAAAUCAAAGUCAGAGAACAAAAGCUGGAUCACUGAGUCCAGAACCCGGGGAACAUAUUACAACUGGUGACGAAGAUGAUGUGUUUUAUGAAGAUGAUGAAAGAGGGGAACAAAAUAAGGAUGAUGAUUCCGAUGGUAUCACAGUUGAUGAUAUUAGAGAUAUACAAUUAACCAGACAUCAAUUCAGUGAUUGGGUUUAUAAGCCCUUCUUCGAGAAAAUUGUAACUGGUUGUUUCGUUCGUUUGCAUAUUGGAUUACAAAAUGGUGUUGAAGUACCAGAAAGGGUACAACCAUAUUUAAUAGAUGCGAACGAUAAGGUGAAGACUAAUAAAGUAUUACGUCUUAAACAUGCUGAUGCUGUAAAAAGUUGGCAAAUGAACAUUAUUUCGAACGGGAAAUUUGAACAGUCUGAGUUUGACCGUUGGACAGUUACCAUGAAAAUUAAAAAACUUGACUUGCCGACAAAAGAAGCAAUAAUAAAAAAGAAAGAACAGAUUAAAGCUGCUGAUGAAUAUAUUUUAUCAGAGCAAGAUGUUGACAUAAUGAUCAAGCAAAAACAAACCCUUCGUGGAGGGGUUGAACCUCUAAAUUUAUUAACAGAGAAAACUAACUUGGUGACACAAAAGAACUUGGCUGUAGCUCAGGGGAAUAUAACAGAUGCACAAAAUUAUGCCACACGCCUUGCUGAGAUAGAUAGGAUGAUUUCAGAAACUUCUCGUUCCCAAAAACAAGAUACAUGGGCUCGUGUUAACGAGCGAAAUCGAUUAAAAAAUUUGGAAGAUUCACGUAGAGCCGAAGAGGAGGCCAGAAAAAGCAGAAAAGGUAGUUCAUUGUAUAUCUUUUUUCUUAAUAUAGAUAAAUUUUGUAAAACUUAUGAUUAUGCAUCCUCAUCGGUCACAGAAUUUAUUCCUAGGAAAUCCAUUAAGACUUCUAUAAAUGAUUCACCAACCUCAAGAACAAAUGGAGAUAAAAUUGAACAAUUUGAGAGAGCAAAAAGAUCGUCAUUGACACAUUAUGAAGCUUUAAUUAAUGAAGUUCAAUGUGAUCUUGUUCUCCCUCCAGAUCCGGAGUACGAGAGAAUGCGAGACCAAACAGAAGAAUAUUAUGAAGCAAGAUAUUCAGAAUUCAGUGUUGAACAAUCUUUGGAAUUGAUUCGUAAGAUUGUUAAACAGUCCUCUCAAACACAACAACAACCUGAUGUUCCACAGCAGCAACAGCCACAAUUGCCACCGCGCGAAGAAUCUAAAAGUAUACAGCAUUAUACAGCACAACCACCACAUUCGUCAUGGAAUUCGGAUAGUGCAAUUCCGUCAUUAAAAGAUUUGCACUAUGAAAUUUGA